AUGUUCGUGACGACAUUGGACCCGGCCGUCUACCAACUGAGACACAACUACCGUUACGCUGAGGCAUUGAGGCAAGCCCAAGAUGAAUUUUCACGCGUCCAAUCCUCCGCAGAUGCGCAGAUGCGCAGAUGCGCAACAACGGUAAUGCGAGUUACUGGCCCUUUGAAUGGAUUAAAUGCUGCUCCCCCUCCUGGCAGCAUGGCCUUUCCCUCCAUUUCGUCUCAUUCACUUUCAAUCCUUGGCGCGAACCUCAUCGCACUCCAAUCCUUCCCUUACUUGCAUAACGCCCUACUGAUCCUCUACAUCUCACUACUGGUCUACAACAACUCGAGCAUGGUUGAGACCACCCCCGAAGAUGACACCCUCACUCCCCCACCAUCGUUGCCUCAGCCUGAGAAUAUGGGGUCCUCCCAAUCUCUGAAACAGCUGCUCGAGGCUGCCAUGUGUCGCUCGCUCAAUCUCAACGGCGGUGAUUUCAAGGAGUUCCUCCCCGAGCCUGCGCUCAACCGAAUCCUCACCCCGCAGUCGGCACUAGCAGCUCUGACUUCGAGCCCUGGCAUCGCCGACCUGAUGUGUAGCAUCUACGCUGUCACCGUUUUCAACAAGCAGAAGACUUACAUCAAGACCUUUGCCAUUCUGGUCUUGAUCGGUCGCGUCGAUGCCCUUCCAGCUUUUAUGCACAAUUCUCUCGGCGACGAGCACUUGCCAUUGGCAUUUACAUCUAUUUCAGGAGAGAAGACUACCUUGGUCCGGUCCUUGACGACCCCGUCUUGCUCUGAUCUGUCAUUGAUGGGGCUCAGCCAUUACGAGGCCUUGUUAUUCGAGGCCACACAAUGGAAACUCCUGGCGCCUGUUUUUGCACGACGUCAACUCGAAGACGAGCCGCUCGAGUUUCCGGAGGGCACCAUAUUGCCGAUCGUAAUGCCUGAUACAUUUGAGGGGUUCCAGACGCCUCGCAACGGUAUGAGCAGCAGUUCUCGCAUCUACAAGGCCCAUUUUCAUGCCGGGCAUCACGACUUUCCCUUCUCCAAGGUCGCAGUCAAAAAGCUGCUUCACGGAAGAUCGGAAGACUACAGGCGUGAGGUCGAAGCCCUCAAGGUAUUUGGUGACAUGGGCCAAUAUAAUAUUAUUGAGCUCCUUGCCACCUUCAAGCUUGGGAAAAACUACUACCUAAUUUUCCCCUGGGCCGAAUCCGAUCUCCGCAGCUUCUUUGCUACCGAGUCACCCUCUUUGCCUCGUCCUAUCGGAAAAGCGGUAGUGCCUGCUGCCACCUGGACUGCCAAGCAGAUGCUCGGCAUUGCUGAGGCUUUGAAGGCAAUCCAUUAUUGCCGACAGACAAUGCUUUCUAGAUCAACUAGAUCAACAAUUCGUAGGGAACCUUCAGAUGAGAAAGAUUACGGCAUACAUGGGGAUCUCAAACCGGAAAAUAUUCUUCUUUUCUCUGAUAGGGGCCCAUGGCAAUCGCAGCUCAUUGUGGCUGACCUUGGACUGACCCGAAUUCACUCCGCGACAACGUCUUCUCAGGCAGACAGGCCAGCAGGCUAUUCGCUCACCUACCGUGCUCCGGAACAUGAUGUCGGCCUUUUUAAUGGUCAAAAAGCAGAUAUUUGGUCGCUCGGCUGCGUCAUGAGUGUAGCAGCUACAUGGAUGACUCUGGGGAGCAGGGGGGUCAAGACUUUCGACGCCAGCCGUCUGACAAAGGCCAACGGCCGAUUCGACAACUCCUUUUUCGAGGUUUCCAAAGAUCGAGAGAAAGGGAUCCGAGUCAAGCUGAAAGCUGCUGUAUCUUACUGGAUCAGUCGACUACAUCAAGCUCCAACAGCCAGUAUGUUCACGCACGAUCUUCUGAAUCUCGUUCAAAAUGGGAUGCUAGAAGUCGACGGCUCCAAGCGACUGUCGAGCGGUGAUAUUGUGUCCAGCCUUGAAAAGAUGUACGAUAAGUGCUGUGAUGUCCCUGGCUACACGAAAGCAGCUCCUUUUGGACAUAUGUCAAGCUGGCUAGGCCGACAGCGGCUCUUGAUAGGACCUCAUGCACCUCAAGCUCGGUCUCUCGCUGUAAAUAUGGUGAAGUUACCAAAUUCGAUGCAACAAAGUCAAACGCUGCCGACAACUCCAUCUCAGGCUCGAUUCGGCUCGGAUUUCCCUAGCUCAACCGCUGGGCCCUUCCCUGAGUUCGACGCAAGACUAAGUGUGACCUUACCCAGCUCGUUUUCAGGGCCAUUUCUUUCUGGUCAGGCACAACACGGCAGCGCUGCGAGCCAGCCAAACCCUGCCUUUGGAGAGAUGGGUUUCUUUACUUCACCAGAUAUUGGUAGGCUCACAUCUCCAACUGUGGAGCAGUACCUACCCUCUCUCGAAGACCCCCAGGUGUCUGAGCUCGCAGCUACAGAGCCUACUAGUGGGAUAAAGAGGGUCCAUGAGCCAGAGAGCAACAAAACUGAGGUUAAACGGCAAAAGUCGCAGAAAUCGCGGAAAACAAAGGCCGCAUCCAACCCUUCAGGGCCUGAAGACCCUGUUGAACCGUCUUCCGAGUCUCUGGCGGGUGCUCAGGAUGAAGCACGCCCUUUUGCAUGCCCUUACUACAAAAACGACCCGAAGAACUACUGCAAGAAGAAGUACAAGCUGUGCGGAAGUUCCGGUUGGGAGACCAUUCCCAGACUCAAGGAACACCUCCACCGAGCUCAUCAUAAGCCUGGGCUUAAAUGCAGUAUAUGUCUUGAGCGACUACCGUCAAGGGAGGACCUCGGCAAACACUACAAUGCUAAGGUUCGAUGUGUCAGGCGAGAUGACAAAGUUGAUGACAUGAUGGACGAUGCGCAAUGGGGCUUAUGUCAAGCCCAGAUGCGCCGCAAGUCAGACGCCUAUAAGUGGGGCGAGAUCUACAAGAUACUCUUUGGGUCAAGCCCUUCGGGAACCAUGCCUUCUCCCUAUCGUGACGACCUUGAGACGUUUUGCGACUUUCUUGUGUCGAAGAAACAACAGUCAGCUUGCGACGAAUUCCACAUCGACAUAUGUCUGAACUUUGUUCGCGAGUUCCAGAAUCCCGGGUCUCUCACGCAGUCUACCGAAGUCUCCGAGGUACCGCCGUCCUUGACUGGUGGUUGGUCCAACGACUCGACCUUGUCUUCUGUUAUCAUGCCGAUGGAGAACGAAACGGAGGCAAUUCAUUUUGAGUAUGACAGAACGACUGAUGUCAAUUGUCAAUCACAGCAGACUGGUGCGAUGGGACAGGGUGCUUUUGGUGUUUUUGCUGAUGGAAGCCAGUCUUUUACGGAGGAGUUUGGCGAUCUUUUACAUUUGGAUCCAAACGGAUCUAUUUUCAUAUCGUACUACAUGUUCGGGUUUCCUUUCAUAUUCAGCAGAACGACAUCAUCCUCCAUGGACCCAUGGGCCUACGUCAUCCUUGUAUUAUUCAGAGGUCACGACUGA